AUGACUUUCCAACAAGAACUCAAUUCAUGGUUUUCUCCAUCUCCAAUUGAAGUCCAAUCACCUCCAGAAAUCAAUUCCAAAGCACCUUCAUCAUCUAAACUUCCAUUCCCAGAUCCCAAUGGAAAGCCUACUAUCAUCACAUUUCUCAGACAUUGCGGCUGCCCAUUCGCAGAAAAGACUUUCCUUACCCUCCGCAAUCUCGCUGCCUCCCACCCAAAUAUCAAUAUAAUAGCUAUCUCCCAUUCCACCUCAUCUUCGACUGAGACCUGGCUUGACUCGCUCGGCGGCGCCGGUCCCAUCCAAGUAAUCGUUGAUUCUGAUCGCAAAAUCUAUGCACAAUGGGGAUUAGGCACUAGUUCCGCCUGGCACGUACUGAAUCCCUGGAGUAUGUUCUCUGUCUUUAAGCUUGGGCGCGAAGAAAAAAUAUGGAAUAGACCUACGGAGAGUGGAAAUCGAUGGCAGACGAGUGGAAGUUGGGUUGUGGAUAAGGAGGGGAUUGUGAAGGGGGGGGAGUGGCAAAGAGUGCGGAUGAUAUUAUGA